AUGGCCGGCGGAAACUCGCGCUAUGUGCGCUACAUUGCCAUCGCGAUAUUCACCCUUGCCCUCUUUUACUUCGUCUCUAAUUCCAAAUACGAUGCCGCCAGCAUCCGCGACGCCAUCCCCCACGCCUCCGACAAGACGCCGCCCGCCGCCGAGAAGCCCAAGCCGCAGACGGACUCCAAGUCGCCGCCGCCAGCCACAGACAACAAGGCUGCCGACAAGCCUGUCGAAAAGCCCGCCGAUGUGUCCACGACCAAGCGGCCUCCCCCCGCCGGCGACGCCAAGGAAUACCCCCUGGCCCUGAGCCCUGAGGACCCCAACUGGGACAAUGACCUGACUGGCAUCGCCCCCGGCCCGCGUAUGAAUGCCACCUUCGUCACCCUGGCCCGCAACAGCGACGUCUGGGACAUCGCCCGCUCCAUCCGCCAGGUCGAGGACCGCUUCAACAAGCGCUACAACUACGACUGGGUAUUCCUCAACGACAAGCCCUUCGACGAGACCUUUAAGAAGGUAACGGCCUCGCUCGUCUCGGGCAAGACGCACUAUGGCGAGAUCCCCAAGGAGCACUGGUCCUUCCCCGAGUGGAUCGACCAGGAAAAGGCCAAGAAGGUGCGCGAGGACAUGGCCGAGCGCAAGAUCAUCUACGGCGACUCCAUCAGUUACCGCCACAUGUGCCGCUUCGAGUCGGGCUUCUUCUUCCGGCAGCCCCUCAUGAUGAACUACGACUACUACUGGCGCGUCGAGCCCUCCAUCGAGCUCUACUGCGACAUCCACUACGACCCCUUCCGCCUCAUGCACGAGCAGGGCAAGAAGUACAGCUUCGUCCUCAGCCUCUACGAAUACGUCGAGACCAUCAAGACCCUCUGGGACAGCACCAAGAAGUUUAUGAAGAACCAUCCCGAGCACAUUGCCGCCGACAACUCGAUGGGCUUCCUGAGCGACGACGGCGGCGACACGUACAACCACUGCCACUUUUGGUCCAACUUUGAGAUUGGCAGCCUCAACUGGCUGCGCAGCAAGCAGUACAUUGACUUUUUCGAGUCGCUCGACCAGGACGGUGGCUUCUUCUAUGAGCGCUGGGGCGACGCCCCCGUGCACUCCAUCGCGGCCGGCCUGAUGCUCAACAAGAGCGACAUCCACUUCUUCAACGACAUUGCCUACUGGCACGUGCCCUUUACGCACUGCCCGACGGGCGAGAAGACGCGCCUGGCCCUCCGCUGCCACUGCAACCCCAAGGAGAACUUUGACUGGAAGGGCUACUCUUGCACGUCUCGAUUCUUUGACAUUAACGGCAUGAAGAAGCCCGAGGGCUACGAAAACCAACAGGAUUAA